AUGAAGUUCCCCAACCACAUCUCCUGCCUCCUGCUGCUGAGUGUUGGGACCUCUUUCCUUGCCCAUGGCCUCCGAGCCCCGAAACACCCCGGAGAAGAAGAAUUCCAAGUUAUCCCAGAUGAACCUGGCUUUGGGGAAGCCGGACAUGCGGAGUGGCGGCGUUCGACCGUCGGCCUGAACCCCCUUUUCAGCAUCGCCAAAGAGCUUCAGAGCUUCGGGAAAGAGAAAGCGGGGAUCCAGUUCCGCUUUGGGAGGCAGGACGCGGACGAGGAGCCCAAGGCCAUCGCGGAUCUGCUGGAGGAAGGCGGUGAGAAGGGGGCCGGCAGGCCGGAGACCCUCGCAGGAGAACGGAAUGGCGACUACAAGAGGAAGAAAACCGUCUUUAGCAUCUGGUUUGGGAGGCGAAAAGGAGAAGCCUUUUGGGCCAAAGGGAGCUUUUCUGGGGGUGGGGUCCACCAUUUGAUGUGA